GCACUCAUGGCCUACACGGGUAAACUGGCGCCUAUCCAGACGAGCAGACUGGAGAAGGAAAAGAAGGAAGGAAACUAAUGGGAAGCUCAAUGGGUGGGAGAUGAUGAGCAUAAUGUCUUUGAAGUUAGAAGGCAUGGUCGAACAGUUCGGGUCAACACUCAUGAAAGGACUUGCACUUGUAGAAAGUGGCAACUUACAGGUUUGCCUUGCUGUCAUGGAGUUGCUGCAAUUCAAAGAAAAAAUCAACGACCAGAAGAUUAUGUCCACCAUUGGCUGACUAUGGAAGCAUACAAUAGAACAUACCAAUUUCACAUCAACACUGUCCCUAGUCAAGAAUAUUGGGCUGAUGCAGAAGGUCUGCCGUGUCUCCCUCCACCUUAUAAGAGGCCAAUAGAAAGACCUACAAAGAAGAGAGCAAGACAUGAAUCAGAGAGACAGAGUGGGAGCCAGUACAAAAUCAAGAGGAGCUAUGGAAAGACAAGUUGUAAAUAUUGCAAAAAGGUGGGACAUAAUUCGAGGACAUGUCCUGAUAAGAAGACUCCUGCUGCAGCAGGUCAGCCGACAAGAGGAGGAAUUAUGCCACCCAGGGGCUUAGAAGACAUGUCAGACUCAGAGCAGGAGAUGUUCUGGGAAAAAACCAUGGAUGCAGUUGAAGAGGAGCUCACCCAAGGCCACCCACAGUCUGAAGUUGAUGAAGAGGUAGCUCAUUUCUCAAUAACUGUUGUUUACACUUAA